AUGAUGUUGGUGCAGUGCGACGUGUUUGUUGCAAAUGGAAGGUGUGAUAUUGAGGCGGAAACUGGAGGAGGGUAUGUGUGUGGUUUGGAAAUUGGAGGAGGCACCAACCCACUGCCCUGGAUUUAUACCCUGAGCACCAACCCACUACCCUGGAUUUAUACCCUGAGCACAAACCCACUACCCUGGAUUUACACCACCACAAUACUGGCUGGGUUGUCGACAAGCGUGACAGCGCAGGCCAUCGGGCUGCCACACACGGCGCUUGAGACGCGCUGUAGUCUGGCGGAGUGGCCGUGUCGCAGCGACGUGCAGUGCGUGAGUCUCGACCGAUACUGCGACGGUGUCAGGGACUGCGAGGAUGGCAGCGAUGAACCGCCAGACUGCACCCGUGAGUGUAUUUUGGAGAUGAUAACUCAUGUGUUCACAUCUCAUACUGAGAAAGGUUGCCCAGAUGGGCACAUGCAGAUAGCUGAACCCAGCCGUCCCCUGGGAGCAGGGUACUGGUGUGGUACCUCAUGGGGAUCUAACGUAUACUACUCCGAGACCUCGGCAGUGGCUCUUCUUCUGAGGGUCUUCAACCACACCGAAACUCCCGAAGCCGAAAACCAGGGAGGUCCUAACUCUGAAGAAGCCGUUUUGUUGCGGCUAUCCUACAGAUUCUUGAAGAAGAAUCAAGCAGUCUUGCGGUACGGCCCUCCAUACCGGCCUUAUUUUCUAGGUAAGGCCGUGAGAAGGACCUACUGUGAUAAAUUUUUCGAUGACUGUGACCAGCAGAACUGUAAGCUACAGUCACCUAAUUAUCCAGGAAUGUACCCAAGGAAUUUGACCUGCCAGUACAAAGUGCAUCAGACUCACGCACCUCCCGGCAAAGUGGCGCUAGUAAGACUCAAGCAAGAGAAUCCUCAUCUAAUUUACAUUAAAGACAAAAAUGCUCCUCAUGUUAAGAGAGACAGGAAACUGGCGCUUGCUGAGAACUGUGACGUUUUACAAGACUACAUCGUAAUUCACGAUGGCAACACGACUGAUGCUCCUAUAUUGCUGAAGGCAUGCAAAGGCGGUCCAUUGAGCUCCAUUACUGCAAGUGGACCGAAUAUUUUGGUCUUAUUCCAUGUUUCGCCGUUUGACUUCCCAUUCCAAGAUUCCCCAAGGCGAAAAAUAUACGGGUUUCAGUUCGAUGUUGAAAUAAUGUUUGUUGAUAGCGAUUCUACAGCGUAUAUUAGGCGGCCGAGCAGCAUCCUGGUACUUCCUCCAUUACUCGCAGAAAUUCACGAUCCUUAUGUGCCGUGUUCCUGGGAGAUGAAGAGUAGUGGCAGGAGGUCUGGAUAUGUCCAGGCUCCAGAACAUUCGCUUCUUCCGAACACCAGCUGCACAUGGCGGCUAUCCGGUGGUAUUGGCGAAGUUGUCUGGCUGUCUUUCCUCCAUUAUCGACACGUGAUUCACAAGGAAAUACCCAAACCUGUUCGUUGCACGAACACCCUCACCAUCCACGAUGGAGCUACGACCAACGCAACAAUGCUUGCAAAUGUUUGCCAAACCGAGAAAUACCCAAGAGUUUGUGGGGGAGGUGUCUCUGUAGCUUGCCUCCCUGAAGACAGCUAUAUCAGCAACUCGCCUCUGUUGACCAUCACUCUGCAUUACGCUGAGGGGACAAUUGCAAGCCACAUAGAAUUUUUGGCUCGAUUUGAGUUCGUAAGGAGACGUCAAUGGGGCCUCAGUACACAGAGCGGUAACUCGUGCGACCGUACUUUUGGUUCAAGUCCUGACAGACUCUUUGCAUCUCCAAGAGACGUCUUUUAUUUUGGUCGAGGAGGCCGAAAGAAACUUCGGUGCACCUACACGUUUAAGGGCGGUCACAACCAAGUUAUUUCUAUCAGGAUGUUGCGGUCAUACAUGGGGGAUCAUUGUCGCACUUUGCGCCAAGGUUCUUCCAAUCGCUAUGAAUGUUCCAACGGAGGAUCUGAUGACUAUCCCUCAAUCUGGAUCGUAGAAGAUAUUUGGCCUGGAGUUCCGUUGCGGCGUGCAUGUUUGUGCGAUGUUAACCGACCCAUAACAAUCAUGUCUUACACUUCAAAAGUAUCAUUUAUAUUCAAUGUUCCCCACAUGACGCCAAGAGAUGAUUACACUCAUUAUUUCUUCGAAGGAGAGUACGAACUGUUGCCUGCACCUACUCCUAUUAACGGAGUGGGCUGUAUCGCCGAUCACAGACGAUAUGACAUCCCACAUGGCAAUUUCACAGUCGGAGCAGGCGGGCUUGCUGAUGCUUGCGAUUCGCUUCCUAGACUCAUUACCCCACCAGACGGUGGAUUUCUUUUCUUAAGAGUCGAUGGAUUUGCAGCUACUGAGAAAAAUUGUGUGCUCGGAUCAAGAAUAAAUGUUUACGGUGUUGGUGGCCUGUCGCCUUUGUCUUCGAUUUGUCCUGAACCCGGAGAGUUUAAAGCUCAAGUGUUCAGCAAUGGAUGGGAGAGAAGACCUUUAUACAACCGAACAGGCCCUUUGGAGCCUUCCCGUGCACUCAUUGUUGAGUACACUGGUAAUUACUCUACUCGAGCAGUGGUAAACUGGAUAUCCGUGUGGCGACCAGUGACCUUAUCAUUGACAGCUCCUUCAGUCGGCUGUGACCACAGAUGUCCUGAGAUCGGCGCUUGUCUGCCACAGGAACUGAUGUGCAACAGAAUACCGGACUGUCCAUCAGAGGCUGAUGAAACUGCUGCUGCUUGCGGGAUUCUCGCAGCCUUGCCGUGGGCGACGGUUGUCGUGGCAGGAACCAUGUUACUGGCACUCCUCAUCCUCCUUAUCGCGGUAGUCACACGACGGCGGCCUCCGCGAAAAAUGCCUAUGCAUGAGUCCAACAGUUUCGACUCUUUGCCAAAGCUCAAGAAAUCUAAAGACAACAAGAAGAAGAAAAAGAUCAAGGCGAACAUCAAUGAUUUUGGAGGAAGUAUCGGAAAGAUUAGCAACAACAGCAGUUAUUUUACCCCAAGUACGAAGAAACCUCCAAGCAGUUCUGAAGAUUUCCUUCUGCCCCCGGACGGGGCUUCUUGACAUCGCGCCCCCGUCCCCCCCGCGCUCGUGUGUGUCGACUACGAGACGACCGUGUGAAGGGAGACGAGGGGAAACGAUGGGGACCUGUCCUCAAAAUACUCAAAACAAUCGUAAGGAAAGUUAUGGUGGAUCGUAAGUCGGACUGAUGGCUGCUCGUGCGAUUGAGGGUAGGAUAGGCGGGGUGGAUGAGUGCAUUGUUUGAAAUCGUCGAUUUUCAUUCCUUCUAUCACUGUACAACUUUAUGCUCAAAUUUUACUUUGGUGCUUCAAAUCUAUAGUAUUGUUCCCGUUUUUUAGCCUUCAGAAGAAUUUUUUAGAAUAAUAUUUGUUUCUUAGAUUAUUCUAGAAGCUGUGAUGAUCAGUAUUCAUGAUAGAAAAUUUUGCCAAUUUUGAGUCGGUUUUGUAGGGAGGCUAUGACUUGUUAUGACUGCAUUCAUUUCAGAAAUUAAACUAUUUCACAAUUUACCUAAGGUUAGUGAAUGUAUGGACCGUUGUUUAGUGAAAUGUUAUUGGGACGCCUUUAGGGGUUCGUGAAUCGAGAUGGACUUUCACUGUAGACUUAUUCAUAUCUCGCAAAGUCACCUGGCAAGUGACGUUGAAAUAACGUGGAUUAAGCGUUGUCUCAACGAAAUAAACAUUUCAACGUUAUUUGCCUGGAGGAUUAACUGUAAUGACGUUAGAUUGUAAGUCAUGUAAAUUUCUGCAAGAUCCCAAGCUAGUUAGUGUUAGCAUAGAGAAUUCAUUGGAUGCCCGUUAACGACAAAUCUUAUCAACCUUUAGAUUGAAUAUUGUUCUUCUAACAACCAACGAAAGCGGUUCAUAUACCUUACUUAUAUAUUUAACUAGAAACGAAACUGACCUGUACUUCACGUGUAUAAAAUAAUAGAUGAGAAUCUGAACUUAAUUUUUUGACACUUGUGUUUCGUAACCUCAGUAUUGAAUAGACCAGGUCCUAAAUUUAUGAAAUCUUUAUAUAUUUAAAUAAAAGUUUGAGUUUAAUUCAGAAUGCGAAUUUCGUUAUCGAAUCGAGAGGGCAUAAAAUUCACUAAAAUAAUGAAUUGAUUAAAUUUUUUUAUACAAUUGUCUGGUUGAUUUCAAUAAAGUAAUAAACAGGUUAUAGAAUUAGAGAAAGCCAGUUGCAAAUUUAAUUAAAGAAGCAAUGCGUGUGUUCAUUUUUAUAACAACUUGGAGUGAGUUGUGCGGCGUUGUAUGUAAGCAACUAAAUUACAUUACAUUAGAAGCAUUUACAGUAAAAAGCUGAUUUCUAGUAAGAAUUCAUCUAAUCUACAAGAAUCUAAAAAACAUUCAUCAUUACCAGAAUCUAAUGAAUUAAGAAUUCAUCAUUAGAAAUCAUCAGUAAGAAUUCAUCAUUGCCAGAAUCUAAGAAUUCUUCUAAUAUCUAAUCUGGUAGCGUUUAUUUGUGUGGAAAUUUGGUAUGAUUAGCUGAGUAGGUA